GGAGGAAGCGUAUUACUCAAAGUCCUCCAACGUUCUCCGAGAUACCAACGUAUUGGUCCGAGAUAAAUUCAUAAAAAUCGACAAUUUUAUCAGUGCAACCAAACACUGCGACAAAUCGAUGGCCAAUCCAGGGUAGAAGCAAAAUAAAGGGUCCAAAUGUCAGUUUUUACGUUUCCAUUUAAUGGUAAAUCUUAUCUUAUCAACGUUUGGAUAGCCCGUAUACGGUGAGCCAUAGGAAGGAAUAGGUUUAUCAUAGGAAAGUGUUGACUACAGAUGGGGAGCACGGGAGCAUGUUGUGCCAAACUUAUCCUUGGUAUACUGAAUACUCUGUUUCUGCUUGUUGGACUUGCUCUUAUUGCAGCAGGUGCCCUGGUGAUAGCAGGAGCUGACUUCAUUGCGUCUGUUCUGAAGGCUUUUAAGGACCUACCCGUCAUAUCUGACUAUAUCACUAUAGCAGCAUGGGUUCUGGUCGGGAUCGGGAUAUUCCUGGUGGUUAUGGGAAUUUUGGGCGGAUGUGGUGCUUGUUGCAGCAUCAAGGUCUUUCUGAUUAUUUACGUCAUCAUCAUGAUCCUACUCCUCCUGAUAGAAGUGACCUUUGUAGCUCUCUUGUUUUCUGACAAGCUGAAAGAAUUGCUCUCGGAUCCAUUAACUAAGGAGUUCAAGAAGUAUCAACCAAUUAUAAGUGGCAGUAAUAUAAACGCUGACGUAGAGAGCAGAGCCAUGGAUCUCCUAUUUAUAAGCCUGAAAUGCUGUGGAUGGAAUGGUUAUAGUGAUAUGGCUCCAAAAAAUGCAAUUGGCUGUUGUAAAGGAUUCACGGAGGAGAUACUGCAGAAAAAAGAUUUAUCAGAAUUAAACACCAUACAAACAAGUUGUGCAAACCCCACCGGAAAAUAUUCUAAAGGCUGUUAUAAUGCCAUAUUGGAUCUGAUUGAAGACAACAAACCAAUGGUCAUCGGAGUGGGCGUGGCACUUUUUGUAUUUCAGAUUUUAUGCAUUCUGUUUGCAAUUUGGAUUGUGAAAGACAGUGCUAAGAUUACCCCAGGGGACUAAACAGGGAACAUUUUUACAAAUGUUAUUUUGAAUGGAGUUGUUCUUUUUUAUGUUUGAAUAAUCGAACAUCUUUCUUGCUUAUUUACUUGCUUUUAAGAGUCUCAUUGUAAUUACUCCUGUCUAAGCGACAGAAGUAAACUUUUCUUUUCGACAGUUAAAAGUAAAUCGGUAAAAUAUUAUAUAUGUACGUUUCAUUUUAUUCUCAUAUGAGUUUUGUUAUUUUUCUACUCCUGUCCAUGUUUUUAUCCGUCCAUUAUACUAUACAUUUACCGAUUAAACUUCCAGUCUGAAAAGAUUGAUUUUCCUUGAUUCAUUGCAUGUGUAGAUGUACAUACAAAUUGUCUGUAAUAGACUGUGCUAUUUUAAGGCAUAUGGAAACAAUUGCCAUAGCUACGAGGGGUGUUCAAUAUAUAAGGUGACCAAUCAGAUUUCAUAAUCAUAAAACACAGGGUUUAAUUGAUCUUUGGACUUUUUUCACGCAUGAUUUGGUUCAUAAUCUAUUUAUGGCCGUUUAUCUGACCACGUUUCAUCAUCGAAUACUACCUUGAGAAGCUGAUAUAUAACCCCUGCUCGAGACACUGUAUGAAAAUAUGACUGGUAAGUCAUCUUCCAAUAAGGCCGAAAUUAGAGGCUACAUUAAAACAUGUGUCAGACUAGGUAAAGACUUAAAAGACAUUUUCAAAGAAUUAUGUGAUGUGUGUGGUAACGAGUGUAUGUCACUGAGACAAGUUUACAGGUGGGUGAGCAAAUUCAAAAACGGCCAAACAGAUCUAAAGGAUAAGCAACGUCCUGUACCACCUCGCACGGCUUCAACUGAAGCAAUACUUGUAAAAAUCACUAAUGAUGGUCGAGUAACCAUUAAACAGAUAGCAAAUUUAGUAGGAAUUUCGUCGGGGACAGUUUUUACAAUUUUAAAGAAACACCUUGGGCUCCAAAAGGUUAGUGCACGAUGGAUAUCUCAUCUUUUAACAGAAAAACAAAAAGGAUUCCGUGUUGAAAUGUCUAAGAAAUUACUUAAAAUCUAAAAAAAAAAAGAAAAGAAAACUGCGAUGCACGACGUUUUUCGGAACUAGUUACAGAUGAUGAAACAUGGAUACAUUAUUUUGAACCUCAGAGGAAAAUUGAUAGCAAGAUGUGGUUGACUAAACGGCAUAACACCCUGUUAU